AUGGGGUUCAUGCAAUGGCCUGGUGUUCCUGCAAUACAAUUUUGGUACUACUGGUUCUUGGAUAAUUAUUGCCUUUUGAAUCUUGCAACCAGAGAAUACAAGAUGAUAGUGGUACCCCAAGACCCAGAUGAGUUGUGCAUAUGUGGUUUAGCUUAUGAUUGCAACAGUGACGAUUACAAGUUGAUAGUUAGUGAUGAAAGUUACGAUAAAAUUUCGGCAAUUCAAGUAUAUUCAUUAGCAUCAGAUUCAUGGAAAAGCAUUCCAACCUGCAUACCUUAUACUUUUCCUUAUAGAAGUUAUAUUCCAGAAUCUGGAGUGUUUUUUAAUGGGUACCUUCAUUGGUUAGCUCUAAACCAAAGCAUUUCCAAAGUUAUAGUGUCUUUCGAUGUGAGCGAUGAAAGGUUCAAAGAAGUGCAGCUACCUAACGAAUCUUGGAAACACGGUUGCCAGGCAAUUUUUCUUGAGAGUUUGGGAGUGCCUGAAGGGCGGCUUUGUGUACUUGUUAAAAAAGAUUACUUUGGUCCUGACGCUCGUCUUGAAUUCUGGGAGAUGCUGGAUUAUGGAGUUGAAGAAUCUUGGACUAGGCGUUACAUCAUUACUCAUGAGAUCAUUAUGAUGGACAAUAAUUUUCGCAUGAUGUGGUCUUUUAAGAAUGGCAAGUUUCUAUUCUUGAGUUCUGGUACUCUGGCUUUGUAUGAUCCAGAAGAUGGAAGUGUUAGAGGACUAAAUAGUAAGCAUGAUAUUUACUUCAUGGACGGAGCGAGUUAUUUUGAAAGCUUGGUUUCACUCAAGUCUGGUACUUAUUUUCGGGGAGAUGAUCGAGUAGAGGAGUUAAGAGAACCUUGA